UGCAAGUUUGCUUAAUUUAUAUGUAGCUAUUUGGGAUGUACAACCUUAUUUAUUGAGCUUCGGUCCAUGAGCUAACUGUCUGUUUUCCAUUCGCAGAAAUUAUCCCGAACACAUUCUUUGGGAGAAUUACUGUUACCGGGGCUACCAUAGCGUUCCUAUGUUGCGGAUAUUUCCUCGUUCCAUCAUCCAACUAUCAUCAAUUUAUCUAGUACAUCCGUGUUUCCCAGAUCACGCGACUCGCCCGCCUUGCAAGGACACAAAUCGGAUGACAAACACUGUCCCAUUUGCAAUCUCGGCCGACAAGAACCAUUUUCGGCUUUGUACGCUUCAGAACGAUUUUGUGUAUUAUAAACACGUCAAACCCUCUUUUUUAUAGGAAGACACAACAGUCACCACACAUGGGCGCACGCAGGGGGCAGGGCGUCAGCCAAACACGUCAAGUACACGGACAAUUACGGAACACAUGUAGCAGCCAUACGGUAGAGAAAACACGCUCCCGCCGUCUGGGCUUUCACAUGGGGACUUUCAUGAGUUAUCCGCAAACGAUAAAUCACAUUUUGACUUAGUCCAUUGUUCAAACUGUAUUUAUUUUGUCAUGGUGCAACUAGUGACUGUAAACUACUAUCUACCAUGGUCAAAACUUCUGAGGUAUAUCAUGUCUACAAUCAGCUGUGCAUUAACACAUUCUACAAGAAAGCCUGCCACUGGGAGUAUUCUACCACAAAGUGAUUUGUGGGAGAUUUUUGAAGGGAAUUUGGAAGUGAAGUUUGAAAGCUUCGCAUAACAUCGGGUCUUAACUGAGAUUGACCACUGAAGCAAUAGACAUCUACUAUCGGUGUGUAAAUCUUAGUUGCGCUCAGUUAUCCAAAAAAAACCUAAUUGAGGAGGAAUCUUUUAUUGUGUUGGCCCCGUUAUCUAGCGAGCAGUUUAACAGUAACUGGUCCAUCUAUAAUUUUUUUUGUCAAAAGCGGCGUGGAGAUCUCGAUGCUUUUUCAGACAUAUCUGCAAAAUGCACGCAGUUGUGUGGAUUGCAGCAGAUUAGCUUUUCGGAGAUCUAAACAUCACUGAUAAAUCAUAGGAUUUUUACACGUGACGUUAGCAACUUGUUCAUUAAUUUAUACCACUUGUCUUAUUAUACCGAUACCCUAAUGGACAUACUGUCAGCAUUGUUGCCUACAAUGGUCUCUAAUUUUCCAGAUAGCAGCUGUAUCAGUUACUUGCUUGUCGUCUUUCUUCUACUGUAUGGACAAGCAAAAUACGGCCCAUGUACAUCUUACAUCUGGCAACGCUUGACCGACGCCCGGUUACAAAAUGCCAGAGAUGGUCCAGUUAUGGCAACUGCUGGCAGCGGUCUUGACAGAAUCCUGGUAACGAUUCAUAUGUAGACCAAGCAAUGAUUACAACCUCGGUUGAUUUCACCGCGUCUGUUAUUCACUCCUAGGUCCUGAGGGAUACCAUGCUUCACAAAAGUUUUCUUUCCGAUUACAUACACUGAUGCACUUAAUGUACGUGCUCAUUUGAUACAACACCGUAUCCUACUUUUUUCAGAUGCAUUUUUGUCGUUGUGACCCAUUUCUCCACACAUCGUUCCUGCUGAGUCGAUCAGUCGUAGUAUGCGAUACUGUUUUUUUCCGGUCUCAGGUUUGUUUCUGGUGCUUGGAGAUCUUGGGGAUCUAGCCUGCUUCAUUCAGGCCACCAAAAACUAUGUGGCCAGGUAUGACUAGACAGUCACUGGCUGUAUUCGAUAUCAGCUAGACAAAUGCCACAGUUACCCCGUGUCAAAGCCGAGACUAUUUAGGUUCUAGGGUUCACAAUGUCUGAGAAGUACUGAGGAUUACUCAAUGUCAUGCAGUUAACGGUGACUGAUGUACUAUAAAUGGUUAGCUACUUAUGGAAUUAUAAUUUCGACUAUGAUUUAUGUGGGUUUUAGAUGGAUUCCGCUCUGUUAAAUGAGCUUUUGCAUUCAAAAACCACGUGGUUAUGUUUGAAAAUUGCAGCAGCGGUUGGAUUGGGAUACUACUGCUUGCCACUACUGAGGGAUCAUUUUCUAUUCAAAUGUCAACCAGAGUGGAUGAGAGAAUACCAUGGAAUUAUACAGGGACUGGAACAAAGGGUAUUCGCUCACCUUGAAGAUUAUAAACGACAAAAGCUUAAACCCGGGGCUUACAUUCGUGUAAUGGAGAUCGGGGCAGCAGAUGGUUUAACGCUGGAGAAUUAUCCGAAAGAUACUCAACUCGUGGUUGUCGAGCCAGCUACCGGUUUUCGAGAAGCAUUCAAUCAAAAACUGGAUACAGUGAACAGUGCUGAGCCCUAUAGCAGUACUUCUAAUCAGUCACCAGAUGCACAUCCUCGAAUCGCUUUGGAAGCAUGGUAUGAUGUUCCUGCGGAAAACAUCCUGGAUAAAGUACUAUCGAAGGCUGACAAGCUUGAGGGGCCAGAACGGACAACAUCUACUAGACCGAUUGAUGGACAGUUUGAUGCUUUUGUUUCAUGCUUCACCUUGUGUUCUGUGCAUGAUCUGGAAAGGGUUUUGAAGAAUGCAACGGAACUGGUGAAACCGGUAGGUUAUUUGAUGACUGUGACCGUAGUAAUGCUUUGUAAAAAAAUUUAGGAUGGUCUCAUUCUGAUGUUGGAGCAUGUACGCCCACCUGGACUCUUGAUGCACAUUUAUUGCGUUUGUUUACAACCAAUUUGGGGGUUCCUUUUCGGCGGAUGUAAUCUCAAUCGGCGAUCAGAGAGAUAUCUGCUGACACAUGAAAACAUCCGUAUUUACUGGGAGCAGGUGUUCUGUGAGGAAUUUUACACAUGUCACGGAUUCUCAUUCAUGCCAAUACAACGCACUGUUGGGUUUGUAGCACGUCGUCUACCGAGCACUCAGUUACCUACUUCUUGUAAAAUAACAGGUUGACAAUAAUGUGAGUUAUUCGAUCAUUCGUUUUACGUUCACCACCUUCGUAUCCGAAAAUUGAUUUAGAUAAUAAACCAAACAAAUUUCACAUCAUAUUAUACCUUCCCUAUCAUAUUAUUUUGGUGAGCUCCGUGCAUCGUGGACGGUAUGGAUCUAGAAAUCCCUGUAUGAAUUCACAUCGCUGUGUCGUAAAAAUAGGGAAGUU